UCACACGAUCAAAAAUGGUCAGCUGCUCUCUGGAAGUUCGACGUUCACAGAAAGUGGCCGUGAGUAGCUGAAUUAUGACGCGAGAUUUGCUGCAACUGUGCAGCUGAAAAUGCGUUUCUACGGGACAAGAAUCACGCAUUAAAGGUGAAACAUGGAGAUCGAUCAGGAAACUGUGUACGGGACACACGAGGACUCUCAUGUUGUCAUGUCCGAAAAGGUGCAAAGCCUGGCUGGCAGCAUCUACCAAGAGUUCGAGCGGAUGAUCGGCAAGUACGAUGAAGAAGUGGUCAAGGAUCUCAUGCCCUUGGUGGUCAACGUGCUCGAGUGUCUUGACCUCAGCUACACCGAAAACCAGGAGCACGAAGUCGAGCUCGAGCUGCUCAGGGAGGAUAACGAGCAACUGGUCACCCAGUACGAGAGGGAGAAACAGCUGCGGAAGGGUGCUGAGCAGAAAUUACUUGAAGUUGAGGAUGCUGGUGAGGACGAGAGAAAAGACUUGCAUUCGAAAAUCGAGAGUAUUGAGAGCAUUGUACGGAUGCUGGAGCUCAAAGCGAAAAACUCCUCUGAUCACGUUUUUCGGCUGGAAGAAAAGGAAACUGAGAUGAAGAAGGAGUACACUAAACUACACGAGCGUUACACCGAGCUUUUCAAAACCCACGUCGACUACAUGGAGCGGACGAAAAUGCUACUUGGUUCGGACCGAAUGGAGUCAAUGGGUGGAUCGCGCACUCGCAUCCCUGGCAUGAGUCUCGGGCCAAUGCAGAGAUCCUCAGGCCCGUUAUCAUAUGGCUUCAGCUCUCUGGAGUCGUCGGCUGUGGUCAGUCGCACCAUAGGCAGCCCCAACGAGUAUGACGACUCUCAGGGCAUCUCGCCAUUGGGCAGCCCCUCAAACACAAGCCUCAAAAAUGAAUUACAGGAUGUGUCACAAGUAUCAGAGGAAAAGACUCCAGCUACCCCAGUGGAAAAAAUUCCCUCAAAAGGUGGCUGGGUGGACGGCCUCAGUCCGGACGGCAAGUCGCCAGUGGAUGAUGAGCUGCCAACCCCCACUCAGGUAGAGGACUUUGAGGGACAAACGCAGAGCACGGCGGUUGGCCCACAAGGUCACAGCAAGACCAAACGAGAACAAAGGAGUGGCAACACACUUUAUCAAGAGCUUAGUUUCCAAGACGCGGAUGCGCUCACAGAGGUUGAUGAGGGCGCCGAUAUCACUGGAGGCUGGGUUCAUCCAGGAGACUAUGCAUCUUCUGACAGUAGCAGCGAUGAUGAGCAACUUUCUAAAAGAGCACCUUUCGGAGCGAUCAGACGCAAUGUCAAUGACAAUUUCUUUGGCAUGGGCAAAGAAGUGGAAAAUCUCAUAAUGGAAAACAACGAACUCCUAGCAACCAAAAACGCCCUCAACAUCGUCAAAGAUGACCUCAUUGUCAAAGUGGAUGAACUAACCAGUGAGCUGGAAAUCUUGCGGGAAGAAAUUCAAUCGCUUAAGGCUGUCAGAGAGAAGCUGAAGAACAGAGUUUCUGACCUUGAGGAAGAGGCGAAGGUAGCCAAAGAGGAGGCGGAGAAAGCAGCCAAGGCCAACAAGUCUGACGACGAGGAGGAUGUUCCAAUGGCUCAGAGAAAGCGGUUUACCAGGGUCGAGAUGGCCCGGGCCAUUAUGGAGCGGAACCAGUACAAGGAGCGUUUCGUUGAGCUGCAGGAAGCGGUGCGGUGGUCGGAGAUGAUUAGAGCGACCAGAAGCGACGCCUCCCUGGACAAGAAGGGAAAGCAAAGCAACGGAAUCCUUAAAUUUUUUAGCAACCUUUUUAGCACAGACCGGCCUCAAGACAAAAUUGCCCCCUACGUAAACGUCCAUUACAAUGCCCCAACCCAUAAUGUCCGACCUGCCCUCGACACGAUGCGGAAACGAGGCCUUAAAGACAGGAAAAGGGGCGGCAUGGAGAGUCUUGACUCAGAUUUAAAUGAGAAAUGGCAGGCGCGUCAAGCAGUUGAGAGGAGGGAGCAGUACAGACAAGUCAGAGCCCACGUUAGAAAAGAUGACGGUCGCAUGCAGGCCUAUGGAUGGAGUCUUCCAGCCAAGGCAGGCCCGUCAAGCAGCGGUUCAAACAGCGCCCUUCCGCCGCGGUCUUCGUCCUCGUCUGGGGUGCCGGUGCCCGUGCCUGUCUACUGCAGGCCGCUAGCCGAGGGCACGCCCGGCAUGAAGGUAUGGUGCGCUGCUGGUGUCAACCUGACUGGAGGCAAGACCAGGGAUGGCGGCAACAUAGUCGGUGCCUCUGUUUUCUACUCCUCGGACAGCCAAGCCGAAGGCAAAAAGACUGAUGAGCCUUCGUCCGAGAUGGACAAACUGGACAUGGAGCUGCAGGAGAAUCAAAAGGCGUCCAAGGAGGCCCAGCAAAUGGAGACUCUGCUUUCGUCCCUGGUCUGGAUCUGCACCAGCACACACACCACCAGCAGGGUCACGGUGCUCGAUGCCAACAAUCCAGCCGACAUUUUGGAGUCGUUUACAGUCUGCAAUUCCCAUCUCCUCUGCAUUACAAGCGUACCAGGUGCCAAAGAGAGUGAUUACCCUGAUGAGCUGGGAAACAGUACUGAAGCCAGUCCAGAAAAGCCUCCUCCAGAGCCAAAAGAACCAGUAGCUGGAGAAAGUCCAGAGGAUGGUGAAGACAUGGUUGGGCGACUGACAUUCGUCAGCUGCGCCACUGGAAGCGCUCCACCCCCGUUGGCUACUUCCGUAGAGGAGGAGGAGGAGGACCCGCCCAUUCACACUCCCCGCUCUGUGUCGGCCAUCGAGCUGCACUCACUCGCUAAUCCCAACAAUGAAAGUCCUGAUUCCUAUAAUCCACCCAGGCGCUUGCCCAAAGAAGCUUCCGGUAUAAUAAAAGAUGGGCUCUCUGAGGUGUCAAAAGCAAACGAACAUGCUUAUCAACAAGUUGAGAAAAUGUCGAGCGUGUUGCCAACUAUGUGGCUUGGCUCUCAAAACGGCGGACUUUACGUGCAUUCCGCAGUGGCCCAGUGGAAGCAUUGCAUCCACUACAUCAAGCUGAAAGAUCCGGUACUAAGCAUAAUUCACAUCCACGGGCGCGUGUUGGCAGCUCUGGCGAACGGUUCCGUGGUGAUUUUCCGGCGAGGAACGGAUGGUCAGUGGGAUCUGGGAAAGCAUCAUAUUUUGGAUCUUGGAGCUCCUCACCACUCCAUUCGCUGCAUGACUGUGGUUCACCAGUCUGUCUGGUGCGGCUACCGAAACCGGAUACAUGUUGUUGACCCUCGCAGCAUGUCUGUUGAGAAAACAUUUGACGUUCACCCUCGCAAAGAAAGUCAAGUGCGACAGCUAGCUUGGCUUGGCGACGGCGUGUGGGUGUCCAUCAGACUGGACUCGACCCUGCGGCUGUACCACGCCCACACCCACCAGCACCUGCAAGACGUGGAUAUUGAGCCCUACGUCAGCAAAAUGCUCGCCGUGUUCCCUGGAGGCACUGGAAAACUCGGCUUCUCACUCAUCCGCAUCACGGCUCUGCUGAUUUCGUCAAACCGGCUCUGGAUUGGCACCGGCAACGGAGUCAUCAUUUCAGUUCCUCUUUCUGAAAGCGCAGGUGGUCGGCCAGGCAGCAGUCAGAGCUCGUCCAGCAGCAACCUAGCGGUCGGCUCUCCACCAACCGGUAGUUUCAAGCCGUCUGGUCCCGGCUCUUUGAUCAGGGUCUACACUGACCCUAAGGGCAACAAAAUCACUCCUGGCAGCUUUGUGCCUUACUGCUCGAUGGCUCAAGCGCAGCUCUCUUUCCACGGACACAGAGACGCUGUCAAGUUCUUCGUAGCUGUGCCUGGCAAAGGUUAUAUGUUUGCAGGCACUCCAGGUCUGUCUGGAGCGACAACUCCAGAAACGCCGGCUGUGGAGGUGGCGGAGGCGGCCACUGCACUCCUGGGCGAGCGGUCUCCGCAAUCGAUGCUGGUGAUGUCAGGCGGAGAAGGCUACAUCGACUUCAGAGUUGGAGACGGUGCCGAGGAGGAUGAUGACAUGUGCCUCAACGACGAGGACGACGUCAUAUGCACGGACAGACCUGACUUUAGUGGAGGCCUCGUGUCCAAGAUGGACCGCAGCCACCUGAUCGUGUGGCAGGUGGUGGCGGACUGACGCCCCCGCUGUCAAACUCACGCGGCUAGUCCCGAAAUCUCAUCCGCCAAUCCCAUAGACGCGCAGCGGAUACUACUUAACUUACCUAUUAGCUGAGGUGAAAACGAAUGCGCCUUCUUUUGCAAUUAUUCCACUUUAUCCAUGUGCUCAAAAUUCGACGUUUUAAGCUUUUUAACGGUUUAUCUUUGAUUUUACCCGUACAACUGUGAUUUUUGGUCAAAAUUUUGUUGCUUGAUUUUAAUCUGAGUGAUAUAUAGUUUGCUUUAAAGUGUAUUACGCAUAGAUGUUGGCACAAACACCUUUCUUUUACAAAUCCAAGGAUUUUUUACGUAGCCAAGAAUGUAAUGCGAACACUUUAAAACCUAGAUAAUUGGAUUGUGCACGAAUAGCAUUUGGAUGUAAUUAAAACGCAUUCUGUGAUUGAAAUCAAGAAAGUGCAGUUCUGCCCAUGGACGGGAUCAACAAUUGAAAGUAACUUGCCUCAACUGAAUCGAUUUGUGUGCAAAGAAAAGCUUUCUUAAGUACCCACCAGUAUAAAUCAGUGUGUGCUUUUACAAGAGAAGUGGCAAGAAGUGUCGUUUUUUACUUUUACCUACAUGUUAUAACUUGAAAUGUAUAAACAAUAUGAGUACCGUAUUAUACACACACACAUGAUAAAGAAUCCGUAAUAUAUUGUAUCAAGAGGAGUUGCAUUUUAGUCUGUAGCAAAGGCAAGACAGAUUUUGUAUUGACUGUAGGGUGUCAUCGUUUCUCUAUUGGUAGAAGGAGAUUUUGCUUGAGAAGAGAGUCAGUUCGCCAAAGAAUCAGUUUUGUUGGUUUUAUUUUCUUAAAAGAGCCUGCAGCUGUUUUAAUUUGUUGGACAAGUUGUUAUUUAUAUCAUUUAAGCUGUACGAUUAAAGAACCAGUGCUCCCAAUCGA